AAUUUUUCUCUUGGUCCUUUUAUCCGAAAUAGUUUUUUUACUUCACGAAGUCUUUGAAGUGUAAACGGCACUCGGUCAGCGGUAUGCCAAGGAGCAGCUGAAGACUGGGAACCUGCGCGUGCGAUGACCAUGUCGUUUGGGAGUAGACACAAACAAGCGCCGGAGAGGGGUUGCUGGUCGCACCGGUCGGUAGCGCUGUGCGUUCUGUGGUUGAUGCUUAGAAUGGCAUGGGGCCAGCAAGACCAGGGCGAAUUUCGCAUUGUCCAGGUCGGUGGCAGCAGCGGGGGCGGCGGCGGAAGCGGUCCAACAUCGGCAAGCACUUCAUCGGACUGCGAACCAACGGUUACGUGCGGAUGCAUUCUACCCACAGCGUAUUGGACUGUUCAGGAGGCAUACGACUCGGUAGCAGUGCCGCCGCGGGGCAAUGGCACCAGUGCAGCCGAGCCGUUGACAAUCUACCUGGAGGACUGCUCGCAGUCGGGUGUAACCCGUAGGCAAACCCUCUCCAACGCCAGCAAUGUUGUUUUCCAGGCCUCCGCCGCUUUGAUACUAAAGUUCCAGCAAUCACGCAUGGCAUUCCUGGAGGUCAACCACUGUACCAAUAUCACAAUCAAUGGACUAGAGUUUCAAAUGGGAAAUUCCCUUGGUGUAGCAGUUCAAAUACUGCAUUCGCAGCAAGUGCUGGUGGAUCAAUGCACGUAUACCGGCAUUGGUCUGAAUGCGCAUGGUCUUGCUCUUCAUGAUUCAUCUAUGGUGCUCAUCAGACAAAACUCCUUCACCGGGCAAACGCCAUUGCCACGAAGCACCGCUCUCAACGCGUCGUACACAUCUGCUGCCGUGGUGAUUCGCUUCGACACGCCCGCGACGCACUCGCCUGGCGACAAUGGCGCUGGUACCGGUGGCAGCGGCGUCGGUGGUGGGGCUACGGUGGCUGAGGCUGACUGGACUGCACAGCUGAACGGCUCUGACGUUACCAUGGUGAGCAGCAACAUUUCCGGCUGCGGCGCGCAAAACCGCACGGGCGUUUACUAUCGCCGGUUCCCCGAGUUACAGGACAUUGGCCAGGCGACGGCUAUGCACAUUCAUUUUAGCCCGGCAUCGGCGAAUAGGAGAGUCCUGCUGAUGGAUUCCCUUAUCGAGAAAAACCGAUCGCCCUAUGACCCGGCUGUAGUCGUGAUCUUUCAAGACGGUGCACUGUUGAACCAGGUCACCUUCGCAGGCUGUGCCUUCAAUCAAAAUCUGGGCUACAUGGGUGGCGCACUGUUUGUCCGUUUCCUGAACGAAGGCAGCAACACAGUGGUCGUGUCCGCGUCACCACGGCGCGAAUGCAUCUUCCACGGCAACCGUGCACAGCUGGAGGCUUCGGUGGCGCGAGUAGCUUUCAGCGGCCUCGUCGGCGGCGUUCCCGGUGCACCGGCGAGGCUGGAGCUGAGCGACAAGUUCAUCAUGCGUGACUGCACGAUCACCAGCAGCGUGACAGGCUUCAUUCUAGCCACCAUGCCUGGAACAAUUGUCAUAACGACUCUGCUCGAGACAGCCAGCCAAUUGGUGGGCAACCUGCAGUACCAAGCGGAAAUCUCCGGAUGCUCCUUUCGAAGAAAUUCAGCCCAAUCGGGAAGUGGUAUCUAUGUGCAACUGUCAUCGCUCAAGUUGAAUAACUGCACUUUUGACUCGAACAGGGAGAGUGCACUGGCAAUGUUGUCCUCCUUGGUUCACAUGGAAGGUGAUAUGCUCUUCUCCAACAACAUGGCAAGGACUGGUGGAGCUAUCUCAGUGGUGGACGAGAGUGAAAUCACCGUGGCAGAGAACUCAACCAUACGAUUUGUGAGCAACUCUGCCAGUCUUCAGGGUGGCGCUGUCUAUGUAGAUAGGCUGUCAUCGACCCUCUCCCUCGUCGAGAUGGUGGAGAGUCGCUGGAAGCUUGGCUUGUCCGAGAAAACUUGCUUUCUGAAAACACCGCCGGCCACCACAGUGCAUCACUCCUUGAGCAGUAUGCAGAAUGCCAGUGGAACGAGAUUGCUAUUCUUGAACAACUUGGCACCAAUUGGAUACAACGUGUUUGCCCCGAGUGUCAUUCCGUGCUCCAGUGAGCCGUACCUACCGAAUGUGACUGCACAGACCAAUUCCAGCAUCGGAGGCGUCACGCAGGUCGUCUCCGUGGCAGCCGCUGCGUUCUGGAUCAUCUUCCGGAGGGCGUCCUGCGACUGUCUGAAGCCGUUCCUGAAUGGCACCACGCUGGUGUACGAGCAUGGCUGUCAUCGUGACAACAUUGCUCAGGACAUUGCAAAGCAUGGGCUGAACAGCAGUGCAGAUGAUGACUUCAAGAAGCACUUUGUACGCGAGGUAACGAGCAGGUUUGUGCCGGGCGCGUACAACAUUCCGAACAUCGACGUGCUUACAGUUCCCUGGUCGGCCUCGUUGCUUUUCUGGUGGGUACCCCGGAUUGACCCGUUCAGUACAUCUCGCGAGCAGUACUCGUCGUUUGGCGUCUUUCCGGUGGCGCAACAGCAGCUUCAAACUUCCUUCUCGUCGAAUAUCACCUUGUAUCCAGCACCGGGUGAAGAGUUCUCACUGGAUGUUGAUGUGUUAGAUUUUCAGCUUAGUCUUGUCUACACGGUGGUCAGAGUUCGGGUCACAAGCUUGAAUAACGAUGUACUCCUGCGCUACGGUGGUCUACAGUACGGCAACAAGGGCUUUGCUUUGUUCCAGUCGUGGCAAACACUGCGAGGACUGUCGCUGGCCGGGGCUGUGGGUGCCCGUGGUAUCAUAAAUCUGGAGAUGGAAGGCCAAGUCAGUGAUAUUUUCUUGCAGACGGGCAUUCCUUUUCGUCUGCGGCCUUGCUUUACAGGGUUUGAACCGCGCCAGCUGAUGCUCAAUCCGUUCGGGGCAAUAGAGUACGUCAAGAACUUCACCAUUGCUCGACCAAUUCCGUCCCGGAAUGAACCGGACACUCGCAACAUCAAUGCUCUGGUAUGCCAGUGUUCGGCUGGUUCCAGUCAGCCUGGCAUUCGGAGAUGCGGUGACAAUGGGUAUGACGUGACUAUCAAGUCAGCGUAUUGGGCCGGCAAUCCGGCAAUUACCGGCUCUGUCAACAAAGAGAGCCCGUUCCGAGAGGACGACUUUGCCCAUUACGAGCAACUGUUGGUGGAGAGAAUGCAGAACUUCUCCAGCGGAUACUGCUGGGAUCAGUUCUGCUCGUACGAUACUGACCUGGCGGACUGGUCGCUGCGCACUGUGAAUCCAUGCCCGCCUGGCUUGAAUCGCGGCGGUGCUCUCUGCUCACUGUGUCUGGAUGGUUACACACGUGUGCCUUUCGACAACUUUAAAUGUUAUCCAGCUUGCGAGAAUCCAGGACGAGAGCAGACAAAGUUCUUCAUACUGCUGUUCACUGGAUGCUUUGUCAUGGUUGCCAUCGCCAUCCUAUUCUCAAUGGGCUCCAGCGCAACGUUUGACACAUGGAUUCUUCACUGGCAGAUUACGACCGUCAUUGAUGCCCGGGGCUAUGGCACCAUUCUUCGGCAUUCUAUUCCGGAUGGUCUUGUUGAGAGCUUCUUUUGUAUCAGCUCAGACCUCUCUGCGCCGGCACAGGUCGCAGCUCAGCUUCUCCUGCCCUUGUUCGUACUGCUGAUUGUGCUGCUGAUAAUACGAAUAUUCCGCACCUUCAAGUUCGGUAUGCGCAUCCUGAUCAACUUUCCCGUUCUGCCCACACUCUGGGGCUGCAUACUGGCGUCAUACUGCACUAUUAUCUUCGUGGCUCUUCAGCUUCUAAGUUGCGUGCCGUUCCAAGAUCGCGUGACCUUCUACUUGGAUGCCACUCAGAUAUGCUUUGGCCCGGGUCAUGUUGAGUUUGGUGUCCUGGCCAUUUUCCUCCUGUUCAUCAUUCUAGUUCCAGCACCCAUCGUGGCAUACCGGUACCGCAGCACGCCCAGGAUCAAACCCCUCAUCGACCCUUACAUGCACACACUCGCCGAGAAACGACGCUGGUGGAUCAGCGUCAACUUUCUCCGCCGGCUGGUCUUCAUCUCUCUGGCCAUCCUCAUCCCGCAGCCGCUGCCCAGGCGCAUCACCGUGUUCAUUGCGCUGCACUGCUUGUUCUACCUGCACGUGCUGGCACAACCCUACCGCAACGCACUGGACAAUGCAUUCGAAGCGCUCGUUCUUGCCAAUGCUACCAUAGUGGCUGGACUGAGUGCAGCUGGCGAGGCAGCGUCCAUCAGGGUAGCUGUGGUGAUCACUUUCCUCUGGCCUCAGGUUGCUGGUGUGCUCAUCACGUUAUACAAAAGGAGACAGGCCAUUAAGAGACACUGGGAGAAGCUCGUCGCCUGGGUUUCCUCAAAGAAGCAAAGGAAAUCCGAAUCCAAGCAAGAAGACGAAGAUGGUAUGUCGUCAUCGGUAAGGGAACCAUUUCUGAGUGAAGACCUGUCUCCUUCUGCAACAAUGCCGGCGAUGAACUCUUCUGAACGGACCAGGGUGGGUAGUUUAACGAGCACAAGCACCAGUCUGUAAUCUACGGGAUGAUUGAACUCGUGUGUAAGUUGUUGGUCUCUUCAGCUGUGUCACGCAUGGCUGGCAGGUAGCUGUCAAUGUCACCGCUAUUGCAGUGAGCGUACUGCUCUACAAGUGUGCAGCUCUACAAGUGUGCAGCUCUACAAGUGUGCAGCUCUACAAGUGUGCAGCUCAGACAUGAACACUAUCAUCAGCACUUGCAUGUACGCCGUGCUAGCAAGUGGACACGCAUCCUAUGCCGAGGUCAAGAUAUAGGUGAGUACUCCCGUACAGAAGCACAUUGCCUCAAAUACGUCCAACCACACCAGUAGUAGCAGCAGCAGUCCUGGCCAGUUUGUGGAAAUGUAUUACUACAAUGGCGACAUAGUGAUAGUAGUAGCAGCACAUGGGGAUUUCUGUGCUGACACGCAUGAUCAUAUACGGAUAUGGAACUGGUCACUGUAUCAUAGACACUAGCGGUAAAUGACUCUGUCCGUCCCUUUUUCGGCCCACACUUGCGCAGUUUUUAUCAUUGAUAUUCAUGAAGCAGCUUUACUAACACAGCUGUACAGCUGCUUGCAGCAGCAAUUACUUAUUGUGUAUUUAUUUAUCAGUCUGAAGCAGCAGACAGUUGAGACACUUCUCGGUACACAUACGUAUGUACACUAUUAUAUGCAGGAGUUAUGUUUCGAAUAAUACCAUCCAGUCCAUAGCUAGGUUUAACAGCUAGGCUUGAGGUCACUUGAGAAAGCAUCCACUCACCCACACACAUGCACACCAUCGAACCUGGACGUAUUACUUAUUAGUACUAGUACUACAUUUACUUAUUUACUACAACUGUUACAUUGUACUGGAAUUUAAAGUAGUGUAUCUUUUCGA